AUGAAGAAAGGCGGUUGCCAGAAAUCUUCAAUUUCAGGGCAGCCUUACAGUUCGCUGUAUUUCAAUCCGCUGAAUGAAAAUGGGGAUGAGGAUGAGGUGAGACAGAAGCGCACCCGCACGCGUAGCUGCAGCGACUACGGCCUUCGCAGCUUAGCCUCCGGCUUUGAGGACGAUAGCAACAAGGAAAACAACGCCGCCAUCAUCAAUGGCUCUUCUAUUUCUCUUUCUCUGCCCGCUCCUAAGAUUAGGAAGCACUUCCCAUCAAAGUCCACAGACACGAUCUUGAAGCCGUCGUCGCUCCAGUUUUGGCCCUUGCCCAUUGAUAUUGGAAGAUGUACAUGCCUUAUUCUGAAGGAGCCCACUCCACAAGGCCAUGGCACUCUCUAUUCUCUUUAUACCUAUGAAGGUCAGGGACGCCAGAAUAGGAAAUUAGCAGUGGCCCAUCACAAGCGGCGGAAUGGCAAAUCUCACUUCACAGUAGCUCAGAAUGUAAAAGGACUCUUAUCCAAUUUAGAUGAUACUUUCCUUGGGACCAUGACAGCUAACCUCAUCGGCUCAAAAUACCAUAUCUGGGAUCAGGGAUAUCGACCUAAUUCCCGCAAUACGCAACCGAAAUUACCUCUUGCUGUAGUGACGUAUAUACCAACAGUGGCAACAUGUACCGGAAGUCACAGAAGCAUGAGAGCAUAUAUCCCCAAGCAUCAAUCUCUGUCACUGAAGAAUGUCACACAGUUACAACAUAUUAAAGGGUUGCCAUUGGAUUGGGAGGAGAAAUGGGACACAGUGCAUCAACUAUUCUCAAAGGUUCCACUUUACAACAAGAUUUCAAAGCAAUUUGAGCUUGACUUUAGAGAUAAAGGAAAGGCAGAACUUAGAAUCCAAAGAUCGGUGAAAAAUUUCCAGCUCACUUUAGAGGAGAAUGGGAAGCAGACGAUCCUGCAGCUAGGCAGGGUGGGAAAAUCAAAAUUCGUUAUGGACUACAGAUAUCCACUGACAGGCUACCAAGCUUUUUGCAUGUGUCUGGCUUCCAUUGAUACAAAGCUUUGCUGCACAGUGUAGUAACGGGACACACACUCGGUUACGUUCAACCUCUGAACUUUAAGAUUACUGUGUCCUUGGCCUACAUUUUCUCCAUAGAAAACGGUAAAUUGUAUUGUGUCCCAAAGUCCAGCUUGGAAACAUGCAAUAACAUAAACGGCCAUACUCUUUGUGAUCCGAGACCGAGAUCACCCCCUUUUAUUUUUGUAUGAAUUCACAGCCAAAUAUUGCUUGCCUAAUUGUCUAUCUCCUCUGCUUGAUUAAUUGACUCGUUAUUAAACAGGCUCAUUUUUUUCCA